UCUGGCAUUUUGUCCUUCGGCAUUUUGUCCUUAUUAUUUCUAACUACUUUUUACUCUUUUUCCUCUUUAUUCAGAGAGCUAGUUCCCAAAAAAUAGAAAAAAUUAUAUUCUUUUUUCGCUCUUUUCAUUUUCCCUCCGGUUUUUAUCUCUUUCUGUCUACGAAACAAGCAAAGUUGUGUAAAUGAGAUACAGAAUCUCCUGACAGACGUAUUUUCUUUAUUAACAUAGAUAAAUCAAUAAUUUGUAAGCAAAAAAGAAUGACAGCCGAAUGACAGUCGAUAUUUGCUGUUUGCUCUCUAAAACACAUUUUUUCUUUCUCUUCUUUUUUAUUUCAUCCUCUAAUUCUCUAACAUCUACAUACAUUAUUCUGGGUGUUGGGACAAAACACCGUCCGACCAGAAAAACAAAUCAAAAUGGAAGUUAUGUAUAAAGAGUGUGUGGAUGAAUGUGACCACAAGCAAAUUUUUUAAACUUAAUUAAGGAAAAAAUGACUGACCAUUUCGUACUUCAACUAAAUCGCGGGCUGGGGGGGGGGGGGGGGUAGGUUAUAGGCCCUUAAAGUUUUAGGAUCACCCAAAGAUCCCCCAGUUUUUUACUCCGUCCAGAUUUGUCGGAGAUAAAUUCUGUCGGAGGGUGACUUGCUCCUUAUUCUGCCCAGCAUCUUUUGUCUCUUGCAGAACUGAUAGUGAGUAAUGUCUUACUUUGAUAAAUUAAGCUAGACUCAAUUGCCAGAUAAGCGUUCUUUACUCUUUUUUCUUUUAUCUCUUCCAUGUUUGUCAAAUAGUCUUUCUUUAAAACAAGUUGAGAGAGAAUAGAAAA